CAGACUUCAGAGGCACUAACAAGCCCUGAGGACAAAUUGGAGGAGCUGACAGGGUUGGUGAAAUCCCUUAUUCGGUCUCAUGCAGUCAGAGACCAGAAGUGGGAGAAAGAUUUGUCACGUCAGGAGCAAAGGUGGAAAAGCAUGCAGCAUCAAUUUCAGCAAAUUCAGUUACAAGUUAAUACUGUAAUUGAUAAGCCUGAGCCAUCAGAGGUGCCAGUACCCCCUGCAACGUUGGAAGAACAGGAACACGCGUUCAAUGUUGACAUUCAAGUGGCCCAGGGGUCCAGGUCUUCAAUUAAACCUAAACUUUUUCCUCUGUCACCGGAAGAUGACAUUGAACAUUUUCUCACCACGUUUGAAAGAAUGGCAAACGUGUGUCGAUGGCCCAGAGAUGAGUGGGCUAUUCGUCUGGUUCCCCUGUUGACAGGUAAAGCCCGCACAGCCUACAUUCUUAUGGACUUAACAGACGCUGAGGACUAUGAUAAAGUGAAGGAGGCAAUUCUGGCAAAAUAUGAGAUUACCGCUGACAUCUACAGACGCCGCUUCAGAUCCCUGAAAGUUGAAUCAGGUGAGACGCCACGUGAACUUUAUGUAAGGCUGAAAGACUUGUUUUCAAGAUGGAUUAAACCUGAACAAUCAGCUGUAGAAGAAAUAUCUGAGCAGAUAAUUCUGGAGCAGUUUUUGAGAAUGGUUAAUCCAGAGCUGGAGAUCUGGAUACGUGAGCGUGACCCGAAGACUGCAAAGGAAGCAGCUAGCCUCGCAGAGGUUUUCACUUCAGCCAGAAAGGGAAGCAAGAGCACCUACUUUAGCCGGGAGACCCACUACGCCCAACCAAGUAAGUCCAUUGGGGGUGAACAGGGUUCUGGUCAAGUCCAGGCUAGAAAUUUUUCUAGUUCUAGGCAGUUCCCUUCUAGUAGACCUCACAAUGUGAAGAAUUUCUUUAAGUCUUCAGUUCAGGAUGUUGAAUGUUAUCACUGUCAUAACUUUGGCCAUAUACAACAAUUUUGCCCUGCCCUUAAGUCAAAACCAUCUCUUUUGUGUGCAGUUCCAAGGCCAGCCGUAGAGCCGGUAGGAAAGAAAGCUUGUACUGUCCCUGUUUUAAUUAAUGGGCGUAAAGAAGAAGCUUUGCUCGACUCUGGUUGCUUUCAAACUUUGGUACACUCUAGCAUAAUUGCAGGGGAAAAGGUAAGUGGGGUGGGGGCUACAAUAAGUUGUGUGCAUGGGGAUGAAUAUAUGUAUCCCACUGCUGAGGUUUAUCUGACGGUGGGAGGUCAGACUUAUUUGUUAGUGGUAGUUGUGGUUCCCAGUUUGCCAUAUUCAGUGAUACUGGGUAAUGACAUUCCCACUCUUUUUGAUCUGAUACAUCAGUCAGAUUAUGACCCCCAAGUGAGGGCUGAGAAAGAUAUUCAAGGCUCAGGGGAGGAAUCUGGAGGUUCGCUUCCUCUAGAUAGGACAGUUGAACCACUGAAAGCCUGUCAUGUAGUUACAAGGGCACAAAGUGUAAAGGAAAUGAUGCAAGAGUUACCCUUUUUUGAGGAGUCUCUGGAAAUAGAGUCAGGGAAGACUAGGAAAUCUAGGGCUCAGAAAAGAAGGGAAAAGUUUAAAAGCUGAAGGGAGACGGGUACAGCAGUGUUUCCUAAGC